UUGUAUUCCAGCUUGAUUGAGAUAAGAAGGAUAUAUUGGCGCACAUGCAUGCACCAUUCCAUUAAUUAAAUAACUAAAACAGAGGCCGGUCGGAGAAGGGACAUUUAGAAUGGGGAACACCGCCGGCGAAAAUGAGGAUGCGGCCAAGCCGCCACCGGCGAUGGACGUGGAGAGUAGAGUCUACCCGCGGGUGGAAACACCGCCUCCGCGUCCAUUCUUGAAGUCGUUCGGCAAAGCGGUGAAGGAGAUUCUGAUUGCCGACGACCCACUCCGGAGAUUCAAGAACCAGUCACCUCGCCGGAAGUUCAUACUGGGGAUACAGUACAUCUUCCCUAUAGCUGAAUGGGGCAGCGAUUACAGGUGGGCCUACUUUAAGUCGGACCUUAUCGCCGGAAUCACUGUUGCUAGCCUCGCUAUACCUCAAGGGAUCAGCUACGCUAAGCUCGCCAACUUGCCUCCCAUUCUUGGCUUAUAUUCUAGCUUUGUACCACCCUUGGUGUAUGCAAUAAUGGGGAGUUCAAGAGAUAUAGCGGUGGGGACGGUAGCGAUUGCGUCGCUCCUCACAGCUUCGAUGUUGGGGAACGAAGUGAAUGCGGCGGAGAAUCCAACGUUGUAUCUCCAUCUUGCCUUCACGGCCACCUUCUUUGCCGGAAUAUUCGAGGCGGCAUUGGGCAUUUUCCGACUGGGGUUUAUAGUGGACUUUAUGUCGCACGCGACCAUAGUCGGAUUCAUGGCCGGAGCGGCGACGGUCGUGAUACUUCAGCAACUGAAAGGCAUUCUUGGACUUGACCAUUUCACUCAUGCCACCGACGUUGUCUCGGUUGUGCGCUCAGUCUUUACCCAAACUCAUCAGUGGCGAUGGGAAAGUGCAAUUAUUGGAAUUCCUUUUCUGCUCUUCCUUAUGCUUGCUAGGUUUCUGAGCCAAAGGAGGAAGAACCUUUUCUGGAUAUCAGCAAUGGCUCCACUGACCAUAGUCAUACUGGGAACUCUUCUUGUUUACCUCACCCACGCCGAGAGACAUGGCGUUCAAGUGAUAGGGGAGCUGAAGAAAGGCCUAAAUCCUUCAUCAAUAAUGGAUUUGAACUUUGGAUCAGCCUAUCUCACAACUGCAAUAAAGACCGGCAUCAUCACCGGUGUUCUCGCUCUCGCUGAAGGAAUAGCAGUGGGUAAGAGUUUUGCAAUGUUCAAGAACUACAACGUUGAUGGAAACAAAGAAAUGAUUGCCUUCGGGAUGAUGAAUAUCAUUGGCUCUUGCACUUCCUGCUACCUCACCACCGGUCCCUUUUCCCGAUCCGCUGUGAACUUUAAUGCGGGAUGCAAGACAGCAUUGUCAAACAUAGUGAUGGCAUUUGCGGUCAUGAUCACACUGUUGGUACUAACACCAUUAUUCCAAUACACCCCCAUUGUUGUGCUGUCGGCAAUCAUCAUCUCUGCUAUGCUCAGUCUCAUCGACUACAAUGCUGCAAUUCACCUCUGGCGCGUCGAUAAGUUCGACUUCUUUGUUUCCAUCAGUGCUUACAUUGGUGUGGUUUUUGGUAGUGUCACCAUUGGUCUGGUCACUGCUGUUGCAUUGUCCUUGUUGAGAGUGUUGCUUUUUGUCGCAAGACCAAGGACUUCAGUUCUUGGUAACCUCCCUCAUACCAACAUUUACAGAAAUGUAGAGCAGUAUCCAAAUUCCAACAAUGUCCAUGGCAUUCUUAUACUAGAAAUUGGGGGUCCAUUUUACUUUGCCAAUGCAAGCUACUUGAGAGAAAGGAUUUUGAGAUGGAUAGAUGAAGAGGAAGACAAAUUAAAAACAGCGGGAGAGGCUAGCUUGAACUAUCUGAUUCUCCAUAUGGGAGCUGUUGGCAACAUUGAUACAAGUGGAAUCACCGUGCUCGAUGAGCUUAAGAAAAUUGCCGACAGAAGAGGCAUUAAGAUUGCACUUGUUAACCCAGGAGCAGAGGUGAUGAAGAAGAUUAAAAAAUCAAAACUGUUAGAGAUGAUAGGGCAAGAUUCGAUUUUCCUAACUGUGGGUGAGGCAGUUGAAGUAUGCAACUAUAUGCUUCACUCUGGGAAGUAAGGUUCAGGGACAAAUUCUGAGAGAUGGAGCAACAGUGUUUGAGUAACCCAUUUCUUGAAAGAACGUCCGCUUGGAUCUUGAAAAACAUGAGAGGAAAAUAGAAGGGAAACUUAAAAGGAAAGAAUAUUUGAGUGAAUAUUUUAAAAAUGGUUGCAACUCAAUAAGUCAAUUGUAGAUAUUUGUUUGAACUAAUUUUAUUUGUAUAUUUCUAUUACAUGAGUCUAAGAGAUCAACUUGACUUACCUUUGUAAUUUCCCAGGUAAGUUAAAACUGAAACAAAUUCACUACAAUGUCUUUCGUUUCACUACAUUUCUGCAGUUCCCA